UAUGUAGGAAGACUGAGUGAGAAGCCCACAUUUGAGACCAUAAAAUGGACAUCUGGAACAAAGUGAUCAACUUGCUGUUUCUUAUAGGUAGGAUUACUACUUCUUGCUAUACAACACAUGCAUGGUUAAACAAUAGAACCAUAAAAACAUUUGCAUUUGCUUUUUGGAAUUGCAUUUUUCAUAGCCCCUUGAUUUUCAUUGGGUUUUAUACUGACUGACAUAAACUGCAUGCACAUGUCUGGAUGACCUCCUACCGUGAAGAUGCCAUCAUAAUGAAAACAAUACUAUUACAAUGUUGGUCUCAUGGCAGGGUAAAUAAGAGGGCUUAACUGGAUACUGGCCUAUAUGCUUUGCGCAUUUGAGUGGCAACAUCCGACAAACAGGUCCCCAAUUAAAGUACUGUACUGUACACGGAGUGUACAAAACAUUCGGAACACCUGCUCUUUCCAUGACAUAGACUGACCAGGUGAAUCCAGGUGAAAGCUAUGAUCCCUUAUUGAUAUCACUUGUUAAAUCCACUUCAAUCAGUGUAGAUGAAGGGGAAGAGACAGGUUAAAGAAGGAUAUUUAAGCCUUGAGACAAUUGAGACAUGGAUUGUGUAUGUGUGCCAUUCAGAGGGUGAUUGGGCGAGACAAAAUAUUCAAGUGCCUUUGAACAGGGUAUGGUAGUAAGUGCCAGGCGCACUGGUUUAAGUGUGUCAAGAACUGCAAUGAUGCUGAGUUUUUCACGCUCAACAGUUUCCGUGUGUAUCAAGAAUGGUCCACCACCCAAUGGACAUCCAGCCAACUUGACACAACUGUGCCAGCAUCCCUGUGGAACGCUUUCGAUACCUUGUAGAAUCCAUGCCCCAACGAAUUGAGGCUGUUCUGAGGGCAGAAGGGGGUGCAACUCAAUAUUAGAAAGGUGUUCCUAAUGUUUUCUACACUCAGUAGAUUGCAUGUGCAACAUGCUGCAAAUAUGGUUAUCCAUUGUCUUACUCUGCUUUUCCCCUGGUCUGAAUUCAUUCAACUUCUCAUUGUUUCUAAAAAAACAAAUAUAUUGUGUUUUAUAUUACCCUACCCCUUAGCACUCAUGGGAACAGUGAAGUCUGCUCUGAUCAUGGAUCCACCCCAAAGGAGAGUGGAAGUCCCUCUUGGCUCCUCUCUGACCCUCAACUGCAGUUUUGAGCCCCAGACUAGUGUCUGGGUGAAGUGGUAUUUCAACCAAAUCCGAUCAUGCUGUGACUCUAGUUCCAGUCAACUUUCCUCCCAUAAGAUAUCGGUCAACAAGACUGUGGAGCAGAAGGAUGGAGGUCAUGUCCUUCAGGAGUCUGGGAGAGCUUGGUCCAGACUGACUGUGAGAGAUGUCAGGCACAAUGACAGUGGGUGGUACUUCUGCCAGGUUGUGGUAGAAAUCCCUUUCCAUAGAAACAGUAAAAGCAAUGGAACUCAAGUUAUUAUAAGUAAGUACAAAAUAAAAUGUUCAUCUGAUUCAUCCUCCUUUCUUCAGCAUGUUCAUAAAUGUAUCGUAGUUAUAAUGGUAAUAUGUAUCAUACAACAGUAGCAUCAAUGGCAGCACUGCUAAUAUACAGUAUAUUUUUUAACUCAUUGUGUUCUUUAUAAUGCAGCUGGCAACAAGACAGAGAGUACCCCUCCAUUGAUGACAGGUAAAUCCUUAAGCUUCAACCAUAGAUGUUCCCUACAUCAUUUAGCAGACGCUCUUAUCCAGAGUGACUUACAGGAGCAAUUAGGGUUAAGUGCCUUUCACAUGGGCACAUCAACCGAUUUUUCACCUAGUUGGCUCGGGGAUUCAAACCAGCAACCUUUCAGUUGCUGGCCCAAUGCUCUUAACCGCUAGGCUACCUGCCACCCCUAUGAAUGUGUAUUUGUGCGUAUGUGUUUGUCCGUGUGUAUGUGUGUGCGUGCCUGCCUGCAUGCAUGUGUGCAUGUGUGGUUGUGUGUCAAUAUUUUUCUAAAUUACAAUGUUGAUUUCCAUACUUCUUCUUACUGUAUACAAAAUAAAUAAAAGUGUCUCUCUUUGAAGAAAUAAUAGACAUUUCCCCCAUGAUCUCCCUCCAACCAGUAACUCGGUCUCCCCACUCCAAUGGGGGUUUGCUUGUAGGCUGGAAGCUGUGGGUAGCAGUGGGAGCAGCGAGUGCCAUACUGGUCACACUGCUAGUGGUCAUCUUAUUACAACGAAGGAGUAGCAAGAUACAAAGAGGUACAAAUAUGUUUUUGCUAUAAAAAUUGAUUUAGCCAGUAGUAUACACACUUUUAACUGUAUUAAUCUUAACCAGAUCUAGUGACCUUCUAUGGCAGAGAGGAGUAGUUUGUAGAGGGGGAGGACGGUCAGAGCAUAUGAAACAGAUGAAAGAAAAUAAAGAUAAAUAUCCUAGCACUGAGAGAGAGCGAGUGAGUGAGAGAACAAUGAAAAAAACAGCAAGCCCUGUGCACUCAUUUAUAGAGCAGCUCGUAUGCUGAAAGACAAGUCUGCCUGUCUCACAGUCCUUAGAGUGUGCUGAAUGAGAGCGCAGGUGGUAUGUGGUUAGCAGCUCAGAGACAGAGCAGGGGAGAAAAUGACAUGUGUCAGUGUACAUCAGAUUGCAUGUGGUUACAGCCUCAUUCUUUGCAGCCUGUGUCUUGUCCUUUAUGCCCAGUCUACGACCUUCUUGAGAGUGCAGGCUGAUGUAAAUAUAUGUUGCUGUGACAAUUACUGUGGAGUAAAUUGUUUUGUUUUUCUUGUGUAUUUCUAGAGAAUCCUAUCUAUACCAAUUUGCCUCCACCAAACAGAUCUGCAGUAAAACAGCCCUCUCCGCGUCCAGGAAUACAGAUGGACAAACAGAAGAUUUCUCCUCCUUUAAAAGAUCUCAGGACCCCAACUCUUGCCAGAACCCAUGACAACAAACCCAUCAAAAUCCCAACUCCAUGCAAAGCAAUUGACAACAAACACCUCAAGAUCUCAACUCCACCCAGGGCCCAUGACAACAAACACCUCACCAAGACCCCAAAUCCACCUAGGGCCCAUGACAGCAAACACCUUCCAACUCCUGCCAGGGCACAUGACCUCAGGACCCCAACUCCAUCCAGGGCCUAUGACAGCAAAUGAUUCAUAUUUCCUCUCCUGAAACUUCCAACAGAUAAAACUAUCUCAGCAUGUAAUUUAGUAUCUUGUGAGUGAAGUCCGACUCUGUGCUAUCCUCUCUUACACGAACUAUCGCUUCAGUAUUGUUUUUGGUUGCUGUUCAUUCAUUUUCCAGCAGAUGGCAUGCUAUGGUAGCCUACUAAUUUAGGAUAAAUUAUCGUUGUAUAAAUAUUAUUCUCAGGGUCAUUUAAAGUUACCGGAGUUCAGUAAAGCAUAAUUUAGUAACAAGGAAAAUAAGUGCUAUUUUCUGGAAUGUAUUUUGUAUAGGUUGCCUUUGUAAAAAAGACGGUUUGGCAACACAUACUGGGCUUGAAAUACAUAUCUAUAGCUGUUUUUAGUGAAUUAAUAACAUUCCAUAUUUCAAUAUUUUCUUACAAUGGUAGUGCC